UCUUUCCUGCCUAUAUGGCCAAGACAAAUUUGAAUUCUCUAUUUUAUUCUCGCAUGGGCUAUGGGUUUAAGGACAGUUGAGUAAAGUCAUGGCAUCACAUACACCGAGUUAUGACAGCACUGCAACUGUCCUUAUCCUCCUCUUCGUAUUAAUCAUACUUGCUCUGGCACUGGUCUAUUUUUACAAAAGACUUAAUGUGGACACAAAUGGACAGUACACCGUCCAGAACAUCGUCUUCGCCCCUGGCGGACUACGGGAUCGAUUGAGACAAGGAGUUGGGGUUGUGGAAAACAGAUUUGGUGUCCACAUUUGGCCUCAACCCCGUGAGGACGAGGAGAACAUAGGAGAUAGUGUCGAAGAGGAGGGUGGAGGUCAUGACAAACAAAACGACAGUUACACAGAGGGAGAGCAGCAGGAAAAUGAUGACGGCGGGGGCGAUUCUUCCAGUGACUAUUCCAGCGUUGACCUGAGGGAGAGGGCUAAGACGCAGGCGGACGAAAAGAAAAGUGAGAAGAAUGAAGCUGAGGAAGAGAAGAAGAAACAGAAGGAGGAGGAAAAGGAGGAGGCAGCAGAGGGGGAGGAGCAUGAAUGUGGAGAAAAGAAGAACGAAGAAAAAGUGGGAUUGCUCGUAGAUCUAACGCCAUUUUCAGGUAGCGCAAUUUGGUCUGAGCCUGAGGAGGACAAAGUUGGAAAUGAGGGAAAUGACUUGACUGCGUUAUGAAAAGCACAGCAACAUGGCGUGCGAAUUUAAUAGGUGGGAAAUCAGGUGACUGGCCCAGGGGACGGCACAAAAAAAGUGAUGCAAAUUUAGAGUCAGUUGAACACUGCAAAGCCUGACAUAAAAAUUCCAUGGAACAGUUUAUUGAACCGUAAGACAAAAUGUUUAAAAUCAAAUAGAGCAAAAUUUGCAUGUUUUUUGUUUUUGUUUUUGUUUUUUGGCUGAGCAU